ACGUCCCCCCUUUUACAUUCACCUCUGCUUCUCUUCACCCUGACACAAAAACCCUGAAACCCUAAACUCUACUGGGCUCAAAGCAACAAGAAGAAGAAGAAUGUUUGGGGUUGUAUUCCCAAACCGUAGCUUCCCAAUGGACAUCAGCUCCUUCUCCCAAAUCGACACUUUCCAUUGGGUCCUCGACAUGAACACCUUCGUCGGCGAGGCCUACGAUCAGGUCCGUGAAAUCUGCAUCUUCCUCUUAAACGGCUUCCAGCUCCCCCCGGACAAGGCCCUCGCCGUUUACAUCCAGUCCCCCGGCUCCGCCUUCUUCUUCUGCGGCGCCAUCACCCUCGCUCGCCCCUCCGCCGUCCUCGCCCUCCCCUGGCCGGACCCCGGCGGCCAGCUCCAGCUCACCGCCGACGCCGCACCUCUCUCCGCCAAGAUCGGCGUCUCCGUGGAGGACCUGGCCACGCUGCCGUCCCUGGACGUCACCGCCGGGAAGCGGAUUGAGCGCCUGGCAAUGAAGGUCGGGGAGAAUUUAUUCAAUUUCAUGCAGUCGUUUUGUGGAGUCGAUGGGUCGAAGCUGGUGGUGCCCAUGGAUAUAUUGGACCGGUGGUUCAAGAAAUUCCAGGAGAGGGCUAAGCGAGACCCCGAGUAUCUCAAGGGCUUCGUUUUGUAAUUCCCCGAGAUGCAGGUAGAGUUGUUUGAUGGAAACAAUGGAUAGGUGUGUAUGAAUAUGGCCACCGAAUUCAUUUUGUUUAGUUUGCCAGUGAGUAACCACCGAAUUUGGCCAAAAUGUGUAUGAAUUGUUGGAAUCUUCUGUUUCAUCUGUGUAUAAACAUGGCACCAGCUUUGUUAAUUCUGAACUUUAACAUUAUGAGUUUUUUACUUA